AUGGUGCAGCUGCUGGCGCUGGUCUGGCGGAGGCUGCUGAGGAAGCGCUGGGUGCUGGGCCUCGUCUUCGGCCUCUCGCUCAUCUAUUUCCUCAGCAGCACCUUCAAGCAGGUCAGGCUCCGGGCGCCCGAGGCCAGCCUAGGCGGCAUCAAGAGAAGCAGCGAGUCUAGAUCCAGCGAAGUCAUAGCGCCACUCGAUUCUGCUCUGGCCAGGCCCCACCUGGGAUACUGCGUCCGGAGGAGAGAGUGCUCUGGGACCGAAACAUCCCCCCCCUCACAAGACGAAGACCACCCGAUUGCAUGGAAAGUCCAGUUCAGCCCAGGGAACAGCAGUCAGCAGGGGAACCAGUGUCGAAAUUCUGUCCAAGGGAAGCUGCUGAUCACAGAUGAACUGGGUUACAUCUGUGAAAGAAAGGACGUCUUGGUGAAUGGUUGUUGCAACGUGGAGGCGCCCAAUACAAAGCUGUACAGCUGCGACAGCUGCCUGUCAAAUGGAUGUUGCAGCGUGUAUGAGGCAUGCGUUUCCUGCUGCCUUCAGCCCAACAAGCAACAGGUCCUGGAAAAUUUUUUGAAUCGAGCAGCUGUGGCCUUCCAGAACCUAUUCAUUUCAGUUGAAGAUCACUUUGAGUUGUGUCUGGCAAAAUGCAGGACCUCAUCACAGAGCGUCCAGCAUGAAAACACCUAUCGGAACCCAAUUGCCAAAUACUGUUAUGGGGAGUACCCCCCUGAUCUUUUGUCUGUGUGA